GAGUCAGUGCCCACACCCCUCCUCCACUCUGCCGCUCAGUCUUUCUCUCUUUCUGCUGUGGACCAGUCCCUCAGCCUACCUCACGUCCACAAAGUGACCACAGCUUCUUCUCCAAACAUCUUCGGAUCUCCUUGGCUUUACCAUUCUUGACCUUUUUUGGCUUGUUGUUUUUUUUUUGGCUCCCUCACUCUCUGCCGUGUGAGGACUUCAGUGACGUUGCUCUCUACCCCCCCACCACCACACCCCCAGAAGUGCGCUCGGGAGUCUCUUCAUUCAUCACGGCCCAGGACCGGAUUUGACCGCCAUGAAUGUUCAGCUGCUUCUCCUGUUGGCCGUCUGCGCCUUCACACAUGCAAGUCCCACCGCCCUCCCAACAGAGCGUGGCAUUUUUGCAACUGACUCAGUAGCAGACGUCACCUCGGAGGCCACGGAAGCCAGCAAGGAUCAUGAAGUGGUCACCGGUCCCCCUACGACUGAGCCGCCAACAGCCGAACAACAAGUGACGACAGACACCGUGACGGAGGCGCCUUCACCUCAGGUUACAACCAACGGCGAGGAGGAGACCGAAACCCCUGCUCCCGCUGCAACUGCAGAACCUGAGCCCCUUAGCACUGAGCCCCCUGCUGUGGAGACCGAUGUGCCAACUGAGCCUGCCGUGGUCAGCCCUCAGUGGACGGAAGCUAGCCAGACCAACACGGGCGAUGAAGUGAUUGUAGAAGACGAAGCAGCAGAAGGCCUGAGCUCUGGUCAGGUGGUCGGCAUCGUGAUUGGUGCCUUGUUGGCCGUGAUCAUUGUCGGCGCCGUGGUGGUUGCUGUUGUGAGGAGGAUGGGAAAAUAUUCGCCCUAAAGAAGAACAAGAAGCCGGCAAAGCAGCAAAAGUUGUCAAAGUUCUGGAAAUUCUGAACUACUGAACUGUGACGUCAUUUCCAAUCAUUAAAAAAAAAAAAAAAAAAAAAAAAAAAAAUCAUUGUGACACCGGAAGUUAAUGAUUCUAACCCGGACUCUGGACUGUUGCCAAAAAAGAAGGCACGGGAGGCUAGUAUGUGUGUUUGUAUGUACUGUACUGUAUGCAUGUAUGUCUAAUGUAUGUAUGUAUGUAUGUCAGACAAGAGGAGUACUCGUUGCUCAGCUCAUUUACUUCACGAACGCCCCCUGGAGGGAUUAUUCUAAAAAAAAGAUUCCGGAUUGGAUACGAGAUAUUUUAAGGGCUUAAGUGAUAGUUAGAUUUUCCUAGACACUGUAGUACUUUAAACAAAGGAAGCUAGCAGGCCGCUUCCUGGGUUCACAGAGGAUGAUAUAUUGUAGUAUUAUGGCACAGCACCAUUUUGUUUCCAUUGGGAUUCAAAACAGCAAAGAAACUGUUGAACUGAAAAAAAUUGCUAACAAGAGUGAAACGUCAAGCACAGGUUCAUAUUUGCGUUUGUUUCAUCCUAAAGUGAAGCUUAUGGAAAGUAAGGUAAAAAAAAAAAAAAUACAAGGAGUGCAGUAUUUGUUUUGGUUUAUCAAUUCAGUUCAAAGAACAUGACGAAUUUGCGUUUCACGGAGAGCAAAUUAUGCUUUGAAUUACCUUAAGAGAAAGCGAUUUCCUUUUACGAUAGUAAAAACGUUACGGAGCGCCAUGUUUGUGUUUGUCUCGUUAGUUUGCAAGCUACUUCCUGGUUCAAGUAGAAUAGGCUUCGAGAGUUCUACUUUUUUGCAUUUGCGUUUUGAGACGGGCAGCAACUAUUUUUAAUGACUUAAAUUGGAGAGAGAAAAAAAAACUAAAUUCUUGUAACAGAAGUAAAGAAAUAAGGUUUCUGUAUUGUUUGUAUUGUAUUUGUUAGUUUGCAUGCUACUUUUGUGUGCUUUCUUCUAGAGCAGGCCUGGGCAAUUAUUUUGACUCGGGGGCCACAUUUAGAGAAAAAAAUGUGUCUGGGGGCCGGUAUGUCUAUUUUUAGGAACACUAAUACAAAACCUCACAAUAAUGUCUGAUUGAAUGCUAAAAACGUUAUGACAGACCGCCUUAAACAACGUAAUGGAAUUUCACAUGUUUCUAUGAACGAUAAAACACUGAAUAUUGACAAAAUAUAAAUGUCACACCCCCUUUCGAUCGACAUAUUUUACAAUCAAGUGAAACGCAACAAAAAUGCAACAAACAGUGAAAUAUGAACGCGAAGGGUACAAAAUAAACCCACCUACAAUCUGAUAUAUCUGAUAUUUGCUGAAUUCCCCCCAGGGAUCAAUAAAGUACUUUCUAUUCUAUUCUAUUCUAUUCUAUUCUAUAUAUCACUAAGCUUUGUUGUAAAAAAUCUCCUUCCGCGUCUGUGGAAACGCUUCCCGCCCACACUGCUUGGUGCCUCGUCUGAGCUGCUGUGACGUAGAUGACCAUAGUAACUAAUUAGAUUACCAUUGUAACUGGUAAAUCAUCCAUAAGCGCAGAUUCCAACCAUUGAAAUACUUUGUAUAGUUCAAGACUUACGGUCAUUAGAAAACAUGACUGCACAUCAUAAUGGCAGCUACAGUUUCCAUCUUAAACAUCUAAAAUAAUUAUUUGAGAAUGUCCGGCGGGCCAGAUUGAAAAGCUCAACGGGCCGCAUGUGGCCCCGGGCCUUAAUUUGCCCAGGUCUGUCCUAGAGGUUGGAAUCUUUGGGCACCUCAUGAUUCGAUUACGAUUCAGGGGUUACGAUUCGAUUGUAAAUCGAUUAAUUAUGUAUAUUUUAUUACUAUUUUAUAACCUAUUAUGAUUAUUAUUAUUAUUAUUAUUAUUUAUUGUGAAUGUAUUUUACCUAAUUAUUAAUACGUAUAAAAGGCUCCUCCUAUGGCAAAUGACGUAUGCGGUAUUGCCUCAUUUCCGCUUUUGGAUGUGAGUGCGCACAGCAUAGAUAUUUAUGUGUAAUAAUAGAUACAUGAGAAUUGCCUGCUAAGUGAUAAAAUAAAUAAACCUCCCCAAUAUAUCUGCCCCCUAUGUACCCAUUCAUAUCCAUGGCUGACAGUGUUGCCGCACUAAAUGAUAUUAUUCUCUCUCCUGACUUAUCAAUAUACUUGCUAAUUUCCUCUUCUGAGCUGGUUACAACUCUGUCGUAACAUACUGUCGUUAAACUUGUGUUAAAGUGUACAAAACAUGUAUUCUUCUCUUGUUUCACUACUUCACAUUCAAGCUAGCGUAGCGCCACGGCUAGCCUAGCUUGUCUUUUCUUUUUCCCGUCCCCGUGUGUGUCUGCGCUAGGUUGGAAUUUUUAAAACUGUCUCUAUUACUUAAACACACUUAAAUAAUCGAUUCAGAAUACACGUUCCAAUCUUAAUGCAUUGGAGAAUUCAUCAUUUUCCCCACCUCUACUUCCUUGACAUGUGUUGACGCGUAAUCUUGCUAGCUAACAAACUAACAAUAGUUUUCAUGAGCGGCAGAGGAAAUUAAACACACUCUAGUUCAGUGGUUCUUAACCUUGUUGGAGGUACCGAACCCCACCAGUUUCAUAUGCAUAUUCACCGAACCCUUCUUUAGUGAAAAAUAAAAUGUUUUGUUUUUUUUCGAAUUCAAGACAAAGUUAUAUGUAUUUGGUAACACUUUAGUAUGGGGAACAUAUUCUAAGUAACAAAGACUUAAUUUAGAGUUUUUUGGACACUAGGGGAACAUAUUCUAAGUAACAAAGACUUACCGUAUUUUUCGGACUAUAAGUCGCUCCGGAGUAUACGUCGCACCGGCCGAAAUUGCACAAUAAAGAAGAAAAAAAACAUAUAUACGUCGCACUGGAGUAUAAGUCGCAUUUUUGGGGGAAAUGUAUUUGAUAAAAUCCAACACCAAGAAUAGACAUUUGAAAGGCAAUUUAAAAUAAAUAAAGAAUAGUGAACAACAGGCUGAAUAAGUGUACGUUAUAUGAGGCAUAAAUAACCAACUGAGAACGUGCCUGGUAUGUUAACGUAACAUAUUAUGGUAAGAGUCAUUCAAAUAACUAUAACAUAUAGAACAUGCUAUAUGUUUACCAAACAAUCUGUCACUCCUAAUCGCUAAAUAACAUGAAAUCUUCCUCCUCUGUGUCGCUCCUGGUAUGCCCCGCUAGCGUCCAUUCUUUCUACUGCUCGAUCGCCGUUCUCUGGUGCAUAUUUCACUACGUCCAGCUUGUAAUCUGCAGUAUAUGAUUUCCUUUUCGGUGCCAUUUUAGUUCAGUCCUUCUCAGUUUUUAUAAGUUACCGCCAACGUUGAUGUGAGCCAUUUUAAUAGCUUCGGCAGUAGCGUAUAGCAUAUAGCAGUUAGCAUUCCAAAACCCACAAUGCACUUCUGCCAUGACCCGCCCCCGCCAAAUUCUUAUUGGUUGGCGUGUGAGUGACGAUUGUUGACGUGUGUGUGUGACGAUGGCUGCCAUUUGCUUCGUCGCUCACGCGAAUGAGAUAAAUAAUAUUAUUUCAUAUUUUACGGUAAUGUGUUAAUAAUUUCACACAUAAGUCGCUCCGGAGUAUAAGUCGCACCCACGGCCAAACUAUGAAAAAAACUGAGACUUAUAGUCCGAAAAAUACGGUAAUUUAGAGUUAUUUGGUUAGGGUUAUGGUUAGAGGGUUAGGGUAAUAAUAAGGCCAUGCCGAAUAAGGCAUUAACAAGUACUUAAUAAUGACUAGUUACGAGCCAAAUAUGUUACUAAUUUGCAUGUUAAUAAGCAACUAAUUAAUGGUGAAUAUGUUCCCCAUACUAAAGUGUUACCAUGUUUUUUUACUGGUGCACAAAAUGAACCGUGCAUGAACAUCACCUUGUUCAAAGAACAAAACCAACACAGUGCAUAAACUCACAACAAAUUACACACCUGCAAAUCAGUCUGCUGUUGCCGUAUCCGUAAUACGCCGAUAGGGAGGAGUUUGUAUUUACACGAUGAGUCGGGUGUGUCUUGACCUCCGCCGAACCCCUAAGCCCGACUCACCGAACCCCUAGGGUUCGAUCGAACCCAGGUUAAGAACCACUGCUCUAGUUACACAAGAACAGCAAUGAUGGUUAUAAAUUCCACACAAUGUAUAAAAGGACUACGUUAGACGACGGCACGUAGCGUAAAGCUAACAUUAGCAGCUGUUCGCUAUUAUUUUCCUUAUUUUCACUGACCUGUUAAUGGCCAACUGUAUGACGCACCUUGUGCAGAAGUGGCCGGAACAUCAAAAUGUCGCACUGUCGAGUGUGUGGUAACAAAAAAGAAAAGGUGCCCUUGUGACAUUCUGACUAAUUUAACACUGACAUCUAAAAACCUAAUACAUAUCUGUGAAAUUUAGCAGAAGGGUUUGUGCCACUGACACUGGUUUUCUUCUGGUCGAUUGGAGCUGGGUGUUCGAGUGCAUCAUCACCGUGUACGUCACUUCAAAAAGUAACUUCAAUGUUAAGUCUGCUACAAAUUCUGUGUUGUGAGUUCAUUACCAGAUUUGGCCGUGGCACUUAGUUCAAAUGCACAGGCGCUAAUAAUGCCCUGCUUUGUUACUUCACCAGUGCGCGUGAAAGGGUGUACAAAUAAUGAAGUCUCGGCUUGGCUUCGCUUGCCUUACCAACUUGCGUAAUGUGCACUAAAUGAGUGAUGUAAUGAUCGUUAAUGAAUAGGCUUUAAGACACAGCAAAAGGUUUGCAACGACGUGUUUUUGUUUUUCCUCCCUCCCUGCCUUGCCGUAAUACCAGGUUCAUUUGUGCCAUCGUGUUUUGUUUCAAGCCUUUUAUUUAAUUGCGGUGUUUUUUUGUUUGUUCAUACUGUUUCAAUAAAAAAAUAAAAUGUAAACA